AUGUCCCACCAGUACCUAUACGUGUCGAUAACGGCAUUCUGGAUCUAUGAAUAUGUUUGUUCCUUUCACGAAGAGUGGGAAUUUCUACGUCGGUCGCGCUGGACCAAAGUAAAAGUCCUUUACAUCAUUACACGAUAUCUCCCCUUUUUUCUCAUCGUCAUGUACCUAUGUUUGAACCUCAUCCCGAGCGAAAACACCAAUAAAUGUAGGAUAUUAAUCAACAUUUACUCAUUUGUCAGCCAGAUAUCACUCACUUUCUCUGAAAGUUUCUUUGCGCUCAGAAUAUAUGCGCUCUGGAACAACAAUAGAAUCGUACUCUUAGGCCUGCUGUCCACUGCUUUCGUUAUGGUCGCAACGUCCGUUGGCAUUCGUUUUACCAUUAUUGCCACCUCAAAUAUCACGGCUAGUACGAUACCAGGUAUCCAAGGCUGCUCCUGGAGCCCGAGCGGUGUCUUAUACUUGAUGUUGUUUAUUUUCUUGUUUGUGUUUCAACUGGGACUAGUAUCCCUCACACUCAUACAUGUCAUACAGAGCUGGCGGUUGUCCAAGGGCCAUCUGUACGCUGUCCUUGUGAAGCAUAACAUAUUCUACUAUGCAUGCGGUCUCCUUUUCUCUGCCCUAAAUGUCAGCAUGCCAGUGCUAUUUCCCAAUUCCGCAUACUAUAUCGUCCUGGAAGACCUUCAGGUAUGUAUCCUUCGGAUCCUCGCCACUCGCAUGCAUCUCCAUCUCUGGCAUCUCGACCAGCACAUGCGCGACUCUGAUGCCCUCAUAUGUACUUCUAUGUUCGACAUGUCACCUGCAGACCUUACGGUGUAA